AAUGUAGACAAACGUAGUGGGCUCACGCCUCACACCUCUUGUGUACGUAUGCUAAGCUGAUCUAUUUCAGUACAUUUGUUAUGGAUAACUAAUGUAUGUGCUGAUUGUUUUGAGUGCAUGUAACUAUCACAUUAAAGUAUUUGCGAUGAGAUUAUAACUUUAAUUCCGUAAACAAGUAAUUAUUACUUAUAUUUUAAGUUCUAACCUAGUAGUUUUCUGGGUAAUAUCUCUCAAAUCAUCUGAGGAUAUUAUGGCUGAAAACAUCCCUGAUGAAAAAUUGGCUUUAGCUGCUGUGCGACAGAAAAGAUAUCUGAACGGAGAGCCACUGAAAAGAACGGCUUUAUCUGUAAUUAAUGGAAACAAAAAUUUUGAAAAAAAUCCCGUCGAGGGUAUUAAAAAAUACAUUGAAAAGAGGCCCUUGAGAUCUUGCCAGUUAAAUAAAAAAGCAAAUGAAUUCAAAAGUUCUACAUUCAAUAUUUUUGAAGAUGAAAACAGUACACUUCCUUUGAAUAAUGAAAUUCGGGAACCGGCUGUGCAAGAAGAUAAAGUUCUGCCUGUCAGCGUUUCAUCUGGUAGUGAAAAAGAAGAAACAAAGACUCCUCAAGUUCUUGAAUCAUCUAAUGAAGCAAAUGGUGCGAAAACAGAAGACAAGGUGUAUUCUUUACUGUGGUGCUCACCUUACAAAGCUGAUAUUUAUUCGUAUUUAAAAGAAGUUGAGAAAAAAUGCCGUCCACGUCCCACUUACAUGCUGAAACAACCAGAUAUCUCACAUAAUAUGCGCAGUGUCCUUGUUGAUUGGCUUAUAGAAGUAGGGGAAGAAUACAAACUUCAGGCUCAAACUAUACAUCUUGCUGUUUCCUACGUUGAUCGAUUCUUGUCACGUAUGUCAGUUUUGCGAGGGAAAUUGCAGCUGGUUGGAACUUCGUGUAUGUUUAUAGCAGCAAAGUAUGAAGAGAUUUAUCCUCCUGAAUUAAAAGAUUUUGCUUAUAUUACGGAUGACACAUACACAAAAAAGCAGAUUUUAAGAAUGGAGCAUCUUAUAUUAAAAGUUCUAGCUUUUGACAUUGCUCCUCCAACUGCAUAUUCUUUUUUGCAAAUCUUUUGCUGUAUGGCUUCUGCACCUCAGCUAGUGUCAAAUUUGGCACAGUACAUAUGUGAAAUAUCUCUGUUAGAUGGAGAUCCAUUUUUGAAGUUUCUACCCAGUGAAAUAGCAGCCUCAUCAUUAGCUUUAGCAAAUCUUAAACUGGGAUCUAGUGCUUGGUCAGAAGAUUUGGAAAAAAUAACUGGUUUUUCCUUAAGUGAUCUAAAGAAUGUUAUCAAGUGUUUGUAUGGAAGUUGGUGUAUUGUUUCAGCAUAUCCUCAACAGGCAGUGUAUGAGAAAUACAGCAAAAAUAAGUUUCAAUGUGUAGCUGGCAUUCAAUCUCCAAAGGAGUUGAUUUUAUGAAAGAACCGGCAUUAUUUUUUACUUGUAGUUUUCAAUUUAUGUUACCUGUAAAGAAAGGAAAAAAAGAGUGAGUGUUUCUGUGUGCUGUAAAAACAGGCCAAUGGAAAGAUGUUUUUGCCCAAGAAUUAGUUUUUCCCUCUCUUCUGCUUACAACUAAUUUGAAAAAAUAUCUUUUAAUUUUUUAAUAUAUUGUUGCUUCUAAGAUGUGUAUUUGCAAAAGCUAUUGAAAUUAGUAUCUCACUGCUUUUUUGGUUUGCUUUACUUGUGGUAAUGGACAAUACUUAAUGUAUUUCUUUGUAAAUAAUGUAUCAUAUUGUGACUGAUGUUAAAUGCAACAUCUGAAUUUUACCCAUUUUAAAUUAUUAGUUUAAAAUAGCUGUGAAUUAUUAACUGUAAAUAUUUUCAUCAAGUUUCUGGGAUUGAAAUGAAUUUGCCCUGGUAUGCUUUGAAUAGCAAUUUAUAUUUAGGCGUUUAUAGCCUAUAAUACUCUCAAUUAAUUCGAAGAUUAUUUAUGUGUCUAAUCAAAUUAAAAAAGAGAUAUGGUUUUAGCCUAUAUGCAAUAUAUAUAUUUAUAUUUAUACAUUUGGCAUGCUGAAAAUUGCUAUUAAAUAAAAUUUUAUUUUAUUAAUCAGCAA